AUGCUUUCCCAGCAGUUGCUGCAGCGCCUACAGGACGCGUCUCUGCCCCGGGUCUGCGGGGUCCUGGCUCUCCUCUCUCUGCUGCUGACGCUGGGGGUCUCCCUGGUCCGCCACCUCCUGAAGCAGAGACGACCCCCUGGUUUCCCCCCCGGACCCACCCCCCUGCCCUUCAUCGGCAACGUCCUGUCGCUGGUCAGUGAGCCCCACGUCUUCAUGAAGAAGCAGAGCGAGACUCACGGGCAGAUUUUCAGCCUUGAUCUAGGUGGCAUAUCAACGGUUAUCGUUAAUGGUUAUGAUGCAGUCAAAGAAUGUCUCAUUCGCCAGAGUGAUAUUUUUGUAGAUAGACCAUCGCUGCCUCUCUUCGUCAAGUUGACAAACAUGGGAGGGCUGCUGAACUGCAAAUAUGGUCGUGGUUGGACUGAGCAUCGCAAGCUCACUGUGAACUGCUUUCGAUGUUUUGGACCCGGGCAAAAGAGCUUUGAAAACAAAAUCGCUGAAGAAUGCAUGUUCUUUUUGGAUGCUGUUGACACAUACAAAGGGAAGCCAUUUGAUGCCAAGCUCCUGGUAACUAAUGCGGUCUCCAACAUUACAAAUCUGAUCAUCUUUGGAGAGCGUUUUACCUAUGAUGAUACAGAGUAUCAGCAUAUGAUGGAGAUAUUCAGUGAAAACAUUGAACUAGCAGCCAGUGCCUGGGCAUUCCUUUAUAAUGCUUUCCCUUGGAUUGGCCUCCUGCCAUUUGGAGAUCAUCAGCGUUUGUUCAAAAAUGCAGCACAAGUAUAUGACUUUUUGCUAAAGAUUAUACAACGGUUUUCAGAGAACAGAACCCCUCAAAACCCCCGCCAUCUGAUUGAUUCAUAUUUGGAUGAACUGGAAAAAAACACAAAUGAUCUUGAAACAUCCUUUACAAUGGAAAAUUUAAUUUUUACUGUAGGAGAAAUUAUAAUAGCUGGAACAGAGACCACAACUAAUGCGCUAAGGUGGGCCAUCUUAUAUGUGGCACUCUACCCAAACAUUCAAGGAAAAGUACAUCAGGAAAUUGAUGCUGUUGUGGGGCAAAACCAAAUGCCUUCACUGGAUCACAAGUCGCAGAUGCCAUACACAGAGGCAGUACUGCACGAAGUCCUUAGAUUUUGCAACAUAGCUCCACUUGGGAUUUUCCGUGCAACUACCAAGGACUCGACUGUCCGAGGUUAUUCUAUUCCCAAGGGAACUAUGGUUAUAACAAAUCUUUACUCUGUGCACUUUGACGAAAAAUACUGGAGUAACCCCGAAAUAUUUUGUCCUGAGCGAUUUCUGGACAGCAAUGGGCAAUUUGUGAAGAAGGAAGCGUUUGUCCCAUUUUCUCUUGGACGAAGGCAUUGUCUUGGCGAACAACUUGCAAGGAUCGAACUCUUCCUUUUCUUCACGGCCUUGUUACAAAGAUUUCAUCUUCAUUUUCCACCCGGGACCAUUCCAAACCUAAAAGCAAAACUGGGAAUGACAUUGCAACCUCAUCCAUACCUUGUCGCAGCUGAAAGACGCUGA